CGUGUGAUCUGAUGUGAUCUUAUCGAGUGUUCCUCAUAUGGCGUUAGAACAUAAACAACAAAGGGUCAUCUGUUGGAGCUCGAAUCUACUGAAAUACCGUUUUUUCUGUGUAAUGUAAUGUCCAAGGAAACGAAAUCCCUCUCAGUCAGAAAGAUAAGUCCGUGUGAUCUGGAAAUAAGGUGUUAAUUUAGUUAACAUUAGCUGUCCAAGUAACGAGGUUACAGGGAGUGGUACUGGUCUCAUGAUGGCUCUGGAAGUAACUGCUCCCUGCUCUGUUCGUCAGUAUGGAUUCUGACAACGACGUGCAGAUGAAAGAAUACGUCAAGAUGAUGACUGAUAUGAUUGUGCUCUGUGCCACCUUGGCACUCUCCCUCUUCUUCUGGGUCAUCUCCCUCACCAUCAGCACCUACUAUGGUACACUACAGCCUGUAUCGCCAUGGCGAUGGUUGUUCUCUAUCUUGGUACCCCUCACAUUAACGGCCAGAGCCUUGAAGAAACGCAGUCUGGACCACUCAGGAGCACUGGGAGCUCUCCUUGUAGGCUUUGUGUUGACGAUGGCCAACUACAGCUUCUUUUCGUCUCUGCUGGCCUUCUUCAUUACCUCCUCCAGACUGACCCGCUGGGGAGGAGCAGUCAAGAAGAAAAUCGACGCAGAUUACAAAGAGGGUGGCCAGAGGAACUGGGUCCAGGUCUUUUGUAACGGAGGAGUUCCCACUGAGCUGGCACUGCUUUAUAUGAUAGAGGUCGGUCCAGGCGAGAUCCCCAUUGAUUUUGGGAAACAGUACUCUGCUUCCUGGAUGUGUUUGUCUUUACUGGGAGCACUGGCUUGCAGCACUGGAGACACCUGGGCGUCAGAGGUAGGGCCUGUCCUCAGCCAAUCGCAGCCAAGACUCAUCACUACCUGGGAGGAGGUUCCAGCAGGCACUAACGGAGGAGUCACUCCUGUCGGAUUGAUCUCCAGCUUCUUGGGUGGCCUCACAGUGGGCGCGGCUUACUUUGUGACACAGCUUCUGUUUGUCAACGACCUGCACCUGGCAGACCCUCAGUGGCCGAUAAUCAUGUACGGAGGCGUGGCAGGACUGGUGGGAUCCAUGCUGGACUCUUUCCUCGGCGCUCACAUGCAAUACUCUGGCUUUGACUCAAACCUUGGUAAGGUGGUGAGUUACGAGUCUGCCACCACCCGGCGGAUCUGUGGAAAACCCAUCCUGGACAACAACGCAGUCAACCUGUUCUCCUCAGUUCUCAUUGCUCUCAUCCUGCCUGGAUUGGCUUGGGGGCUGUGGCCACGGUAGAUGAAUGACACAACACAGAAACAGAUACGAUGCAGAAAAGAGGACUGAAAAUACCCAAUGAAAACUAAAACCACACAUACCUCUAUCAAAAAUUUAACCUAAAAAAGAACAAGAUUAAGACAAAACAAAAUGUGAAGCCAAAUAAUAUUCUCUCACUCUAUCAUCACUUCUUCAGUUUGGACAGUUUCUUGAAAUAUGUUUCCAGAUUUUAAUUUAUAGUGCUUGAUUUUUUGAUGAUUAAUCAGUGAGCAGCUGAGAAAGAAAGGUUGGCACAAACCAACAAAAAAGCACAGUUAAAAAUAGGGGUUCGUCAUAUAUUUGACUAAAGGCAAAGGUAUACUGGAAAAAUAAACAUUGUAUGGCACACAGUAUGAACCUACUGGAAAUCCAAAGUGUCUGUAGUUGUUCUGGAAGGUGUGGUGAAAAGCUGGUCUUAACAGUGUGAGUGUUUGUGGUUCAGGUCUGGUUCUAAUGUGACAGAAAUGUAAGUAUGUUUGUAGUGCACUGUGUUACUUUAUCUGAAAUGUGUUAUCUUGCAAAACAUGACUUCCCAUACAAUAUGUUAAUGUGUUCCUUUACAAAAGCUCUGUCUGUAUUAACAAAGUGGUUCUACUUUUACAUUGAAGGUGUUUUAUUAUUGUUUAUGAUUUCCUGUAAUUUAAAAUUACUUUUCAUGAAUAUGUUGCUUCUCCUGAUUGCUAGGAUUCACAGCAUAAAUUAAACUGUAUUUAAAGCAUA